GAUCAGAGCGGACAGCGCCAGAUCGCGGAGCGGACCCGGAGCGAACCCCGGAGCCUCUGGUCCCCAGCAGCCUAUAGCUCUUCCUCUGUCCUGCCCGCGUGAUCCAGGGAGCCGCAGGGGGAAACUGAGCCCAGAGAGAUUAAGUAACUCGCCCAAAAUGUCACAGAUGAGAUUUUACCUGUCUUGAAGGCACGUGAUCAGGACCAAAAGUUCUCACUCCCCUGCUGCCCACAUCUGUGCCCAGUCCAGCCAUGAACCCCUCAGCGGUGCCCACACAAACAGAGAUGGUGGAACUGGUGCCCAAUGGCAAACACGUGGAAGGAGUGUGCCCCGGGGCUUUGCCCCCUGUAGGAGUAGAAAGGUGUGAGGGUGGAAGACCCAGCCAUGGGGAAGCAGAGGGAUUCCUGCCCCAAAAUGUCAGCAAAGAGACACACUUCACAGAUUUUGAAGGGAAGACUUCAUUCGGAAUGUCUGUGUUUAACCUGAGCAAUGCCAUCAUGGGCAGCGGCAUCCUGGGGCUGGCAUAUGCCAUGGCCAACACUGGCAUCCUGCUUUUCCUCUUCCUCCUCACCUGUGUGGCCCUGCUCUCCAGCUAUUCCAUCCACUUACUGCUCAAGUCUUCAGGGAUUGUAGGUAUCCGGGCCUAUGAGCAGCUGGGCUAUCGUGCCUUUGGAACACCAGGGAAGCUGAUGGCAGCAAUAGCUAUCACCCUACAGAACAUUGGAGCCAUAUCCAGUUACCUGUACAUCGUGAAAUCUGAAGUGCCCCUGGUCAUCCAGACCUUCCUCAAUCUACCAGAGAAAACCUCGGAUUGGUACAUGAAUGGGAACUACCUGGUGAUCCUGGUCACAGUCACCAUCAUCCUGCCCUUGGCUUUGAUGAGGCAGCUGGGAUACCUGGGCUAUUCCAGUGGCUUCUCUCUCAGCUGCAUGGUGUUCUUCCUGAUUGCAGUCAUCUACAAAAAGUUCCAGGUCCCGUGUCCACUGUCCACAUUCUCUGCCAAUGUGACGGGGAAUACCAGCCAUGUGCAAAUCAUCAUGAAGGAUUCCUCGGGUGGGGACCCCCUCAUCCAGGCCUCCAGUGACGAGAGCUGUGUCCCCAGCUUCUUUACCCUCAAUACGCAGACAGCAUACACCAUCCCAAUCAUGGCCUUCGCUUUCGUCUGCCACCCAGAGGUGCUGCCCAUCUACACAGAGCUCAGGGACCCCACUAAGCAGAAGAUGCAACACAUAUCCAACUUGUCCAUUGCUGUCAUGUAUGUGAUGUAUUUCAUGGCUGCCCUCUUUGGCUACCUCACCUUCUAUGGUAUGAGAAAAGUAGGCAUAGAAGCCAGAUUAGGAUGUGGGUCCCCAUGGGCUAGGGGAAAAAAGAAGCCAGGUGUCAGGGGCUAUAUUCCCAAAACCUAAGUGAGUCUUCGACGCCAGGGGUCAGUCAGUCAUUCAAGUGCCUGGCAUGGUGCUAAGUGCUGG